GUUCUCAAUACCUCUACAGGAAGUGUUAUUCUUGAAGUCGGCCCUUCCCCACCGACGAGGGUCGAAGCCUACGUUGAUGCCCUCAAGGAUGUCUUAGUGGUGAACAUCUCCUCCCCAACACCGAUUGAUGUCUCGGUUGUCGCCGAGCUGCUACGCCCUAAGCCCUUCUCUAGGCAACCCUUGUAUCACUGCCGACCCUACAACGUCAGUGCCGACUUCUAUCUCAACGACUCUGGAGGAGUCAUCGGCUGGGCCCACGCCAACGUUCGCAGCGAUUACACCACUAGCAUUCUGGAAGCUCUCAACCUCGAGUCCCUCAAAGGGUCUAUUACCGAUCGUAUCGCCAACAGAUCUACUGCGGCUACAUGGCGCUUUGGAACGUCUAUGAUUGCGACCCUGUCUGUGGGAGAGCUGAAGACCUCAGAGCCAAGCCGGGACUUCUCCAUGGUCAUCGGUGUCGCCACCUCCGAGCAAGGUUUGGACCCUGCCGUUGCUGAGUCGAAGAGGCUCAUCGCGGAAUACAACAGCAUGACUGCUAUCGAGAAGCACAUGCAGUGGUGGGCACAGUUCUGGAACCGUAGCUGGAUCGAAAUCACCGGCCCUAGGGCUGGCGAGGUCAACAGUAAAAGUGCCCUCCAUCGCUACCUACAGGGUAUUCAAUCACGAGAGCCGAUCCCUAUCAAAUUCAAUGGAAUGCUCUUCACGGCUCAGAGAGAGGAAGUGGACUACAACAA